AGAGAUAUUAUCGGAACUGCACACGAGAGCAAUUACUUCGUAAAUCGUGAAUUAGGCAGGCAUCGCCUAGCGACUCCCACGUGUCUCUAGUUGCGGCGCGUCGCGAGGGGCCGCGGUUUCCUCGACCCUGAGGAGCGUCGCGACGCCUCGUGCACGUCUCAGUGCAAGGGUGCCGUUCACCAAGAGUGCGCCGUCUCCACUCGUUCUGUCAUUUCUCGCUCUUCUCUAUCUCUUCUCCGCGCACAUUACCGCGCUCUUCAAAGAGAGAAACGCGAUAAUACGCGCUUUCACGUGGAUCAACACCGCGAGUGCGUUUUCAGAACUGUACCCUCGACUCCAAGUAGCAUCGCAAAGGCAAUCGCGCUAUCGAGCUGGCAUCGCAUGUCUGGAUCAAGCGCAAGCCCGGACAAGCAGAGAUAAUAACCUUCGUGGAGGGACCUUGACGUAUCACCGUCACGGCACACAUCGCGUUACACAAAAAAGCCUUCCUUUCAUCUCGCGCUAUGUAUAUUGGUAUACCAUUAUACGCGCUGUCAUCUUGUCACCCUGUGAAUCCACCUGUCACGAUAGAGUGCGUGCGUUCGUGUCACGCGUGUGAAUAUUUCAACGUAUUAUCGAUCUACGCGGAACACGUGUUCCCUUUUAAUCAACUGUGAGUUUUAUGUCGGUGUUGUCUCGCUCGUAAUGGCAUUCCGACAGCGAUGAUAGACGACCAUCUCGCCCUUGUACAUAUUAUCGCGAAGACAGCUGCUCGCUUGCUUUCUUCGUGUAAAACUUCGAAAUUUGCAUGGAGUUUGACCGACUGCUUCCUUCAGUAGUUACAGCCGUUAAUAAUUGGUCAAGAUAGUGUGACUAUCGAAAUUUCCCACACUUUAUGACAGUAAUGAUACAGCACUUUAGUGUAAAUCCAGGGAUAAAUCUUGAAACCGGCACUUGUUUUACUACCAAGAAAAGUUGAAUUUUCUCCACGAUCAACUACGUGAGUGCUUUAGAACUACGCGGCAGCAGGAAGUCGGUAAAAGUUAAGUGCACCGACCAUUCGCUGCCGGGGUUCACUUUCAGUGCCAUCGCACGAGCAGUUUAAAUCCCGAUCCCAAUGUCGUCCGACGUUGCACCACGUCGGUUUCUUCUGUGUUCGAGCGCGACAUCAUAUGCCCAAGUUGGCAUUUGUAACGUGUCAAGAUUGCUAUACUCGUAAUAUAUUUCGCCAUGAGUUAACAAAUCAGCGUGUCCAGAAUCGUAAGAAAAAAAAGGAAAAGAAAAGGAAAAAGGGAAAACUCUUAUCGGAGAAAUCACAAAGUCUAAUAUGAAAUCGUUUAACGAGAUUUAGGAAAGGAUUUAAAAAAAAAAACGCUAAAACACCCUCGUAUCCUCUUGUGAUUGUCGCGCACCGCCACCACCACCACUGCCUCUCUUCCACGCGCAUUCUCGAGCACUCGUCGAAUCGACCGAGCGUAUCGAAUGGUCGAGUAGAAGUUAAAAAAAAAGCCGAGAAAAAAUAAUACACAUACACACCACGAGAAAUACGCCGACAGCGAGAUCGUGUACCGAAGUCAGUCAUGAAUCUUAUGUUCCGCAAGAACUUCGGCGAGAAGGGACUCGGUGGUGGCGGACUAGGUGGAGGAGGACUGGGGGAAGUUCGGCCUGUCCUGAGCACCACUACUUACGGGACCAGCGGGGCCUCAUUCGGCCAGACAGGAACGCGUUUUGGCGCUACGCGCGGUGGUAUCGGCCAGUCAGUGGUCAGUAGCGUGCGUGGACCCGUACGACGCAGCAAGGAAUUCGGAUACUUUCCGAUGGCCGAUCACGAGCACCAGGGACAUGGUUAUCGUACUCACUUAUUCCUAUCACCGCCUGCAGGUGGGGCACUCGGUUCACCGUCCGAAGAACCAGGCGAGCGACUGGGUCCGCCGCCACGUCGUAAUUCGGGCCCCCAUGUGAUUAAAUGGGGUGGCGGUGGGUCUGUCAAUUCCACGCAGGGCGGUCAGACCGGCAAUCAGGCCAGAAGAAAGCAAAAUCAGAUCGGUCAGCAGAAAGAACCUUCCGACCCACCAAGCCCGACUGCGUCUAGGCAGGUAUCCUUCAGCGGAAACCGUACUUCCGGUACUUACACACCUCUCGUGGUUUCUGGAAACAGCCCGCCACGAGGCGAACCAAUCUCUUUGGCCACUUUGGACCGUGACUGCUUUAUUAUACCUCUCGCUUCUCUCGAACGUUUUUUACCAGCCGGUGUACCACAUGCUCCUGUCGCUGAUAAGAAGAGACCGGGAAGUCCUCUGUCGGUUCUCGAAGUUGAGGACCCGAAGCAAUGUGUUCUCGCGCAUUUCAUGACGCCACUGGAACCUCUGGACCCGCUAAUGGAAUCUCCAGUGUCUCGUCCGUUAGUCCUACAACGCGACACCGCCGCGGAACUAGUCGCCGAGAUAGCACCUUCUGCUUCGCAAAGUAUUUUACUUACGAAUAUGGAGAAGAACACGGAUUUCCCGUUCAUCACGUAUUAUCUAAUAAACAAGCAGAGCACAGACCCCGUAGAUUUUUACAACGAAGUGCAAUGCGCGGCUCUACGUAAGUUCGACCCUCGAGAUCUCAGAUACGCUGCCAGUCACACGUUAGAUCUAUUCAACGAGGUAGCAACCAUCGCGAGACCGCCGCUCGAACCACCCGGUGGAAGACCGCCUAUUCCAUCCACCGGAUACAUAGUGUCGAUUUUUAAGGUUUUCGAGGGAGACGACGGUCUCAAAUUCGAACAAAACUGGCUCUAUUGGACAGGCGCGCGGAUGAUGUAUCGAUACUUGCCAAAAUCUGUGGGUCUCAGACGUAUUACUUUGCACAAAUCGAUGUCACAAGGCGACAAGAUGUAUCUGUUAAUCUGCGAGUGUUCGCAGCUGCAAGAUAAUCUAUCUGCUGCGGCAAUACUUCUACCAGCACUUCGUGCACGUCUGUGCGGAUACACCGGACUUUACAGACCCUCCGUGUGCUUCUGAUUCCUCACCCGGUUGUUAGAGUCUGCGAGGAACAUCCUUUCGAAUCGCAUUACGUAUAACUCUGCAGAAAAAUCCAAACGAAAUGGUGUCGUAUCAAAUCUUUUACUUCACGAUUCUAUUUGUAACUAAACAAGUUAAUACCAAUAUCUUUCAGUUAAUAGUGAAACGAUGUCGAUAAGCAAUGGUAUCGAUCAGCAUUUCUAUUUUUAAUCAGAAUUAAUUUUGAUUGCAGGAACAUAAUUAAUACUAUAACGGGAGAAAAGACGCGAUACUAAUUUGCAGGAACUGAGGGUAUAUCGUCGUAAAUGUCGUUAACGAACGAGACACUGUGAUUUCUUAUCGUACUACCUAUUAUAAGGAGCGCAACUUCGUAUACGCUUUAGACGAGUCUCGUCGAUAAU